AUGCGAUAUAACGGGUGUAUUAUGAGUUACAGUAAUCGCGACAUUCAUAAAUAUUGUAAAUUAUAAAACAGAUUCAUAUGAAAUAAAUUUAAAUAAAAUAAACGUUACUUUGGAAUUGAAUUUCAUUCUAUUUUUUAACAUUUUUUUUUAUAAAAUUAAUGUUAUAAAGUAAUAUAUACUUUUUGCACUCGUACUAUAUUAUAAAAUUAUUUUUAUGAUACAGUAAAAAAUAUGAAAGAUACUUCUUGAUUAUUAUUUUAUUUCUACCGUUUGUAUAUGAUACAACUUUUUUAUUUCCUCAGAAAUAGGAACUGGUGCUCCUGACAUUAAAUCUCGUCCCGUCAUAGUUUUUGGAAAUGCUAUCACGUUUUUUAUAUUUUUUGUGUUACAGAGCAAACAUAUUAAACGAUCCAAUCCUAAAUAGUAAUUUCAUAUUUAUUUCUUACGAUGUAAUAUUAUUAUGUAUGAUCCAUAUUUGAAUUAAAAAUAAAAUACCUAUAGCAAUCCCACCAUGAGGUGGUGCACCAGAUUCUAAAGCAUCAGAUAUGUGCAUUAAAGAUGAUUCGUUUAUAUUUAGCAUCUUAAAUAUUUCUUGUUGUAAUUUUGAUUCGUGAAUUCGUAUUGAUCCUCCACCGAUCUCGAAACCAUUCAUAACCAAAUCAUAAUGUAAUCCUCUAACCUAUGAAUAUGCAUUUUACUUAAUUUUUUACUAAAUUUGUUAAUUAAUUAACAAAAAUACCUUCAAUGGAUUUUCUGUAAGGUACUGCAAAUCAUCUGAAUGAGGUCGAGUAAAUGGAUGGUGCAUAGUUUCCAACGAAUUUGUUUCGGUAUUAAAUGAAAAUAAAGGAAAAUCAGUGAUCCAUAAUAAUUCAUUCUUACUGGUACGGAUUUGUUGAUUUUUAUUUUCUAAGAAAUUGGCAAAUUCAAGACGUACUUUUCCCAACAAUGAUUGCUAUAAUUUUAAAUUUGAUAUUAAUAUAAAUAAUUGUUUAAUAUUAGUAUGUAUUAUAUUAGUAUGUAUUAUAAUAUAAUUAAUGAAGAUUGGAUAUAAUUAAUAAAUGAAUUACCGUAUGAACUUUUUCUCCACAAGCUAAAAACAGAACAUCUUCUUCUCUUAAAUUUAAUUUUUGUUGCACAUUUCCUUCAAUAAUAUUUGUUAUUGCUGAUGAUUUGUUAGGUAUUUUUGUUUGGAUUAAUUUCACAGAAGGAAAAUAAGUGUGUUGUAGUUUAGAUAUAGUAUCUUUGAUAGAUGUGGUAAAAAAAUUCUAGAGUAUAUAAAAUAUGCAUGAAGUAUAAGGUAAUCAAAAAACGAAAAAUAUAUAUAUAAAACACAAAAACAUACAUGUUUUUGGGAAAAAACUAGAGCAUAAACUUCAAGGUUUUUAUUUUGCUCCAUUUUUAAAUUUUGUUCUAAUACUGAAUGAUCAAUUAAUUCUGUCAAUCUAUAAAGCUGAAAUAUUAAUAUUAUUUUUAAAAUUAUUUUUCACAUUUGAAUUAAAGAUAUAUUACAAUCUUACUUGUUGUGGUAUUCUUAAAUCUGGUUGAUCUGUACCAUAUAAUUUCAUUACAUCUUCAUAUUUCAUACGCUUAAAAGGUACAGUUAAUUCUCCUGAUUCUUCAGGCCAAGAAUAUGCUAAUAAAUUUUCUACUAAUUCCAUUAUUCCUUCACAAUCAACAAAUGACAUCUCUAUAUCCAGCUAUAAACUAGUCGAAUUGAAAAAUGGAGAAACAUAUAAUGGACAUUUAGUUAGUUGCGAUAGUUGGAUGAAUAUUAAUCUCAGAGAGGUUAUAUGUACAUCUAGGGAUGGUGAUAAGUUUUGGAGAAUGCCUGAAUGUUAUAUUCGAGGCAGUACGAUUAAGUAUUUACGAAUUCCUGAUGAAGUAAUAGAUAUGGUAAAAGAAGAUGUACAAAUGAAAUCAAGGGGCCGUGGGGAAAUGAAAGGAAGAGGACAAAGCCAACGAGGUCGCGGUAGUGGAAGAGGUAUAAUCAUAUAGAAUAAUAACAUUUUAUUAUUAUAAAUUUAUUAAAUAUUAAUAAUGCAAUUUCUCUGGUAGGGACUUUUGGUCGCGGUGGUAGAGGCCCUGCUGCUCUCGGCCGCGGUGGAGGUAGUCAGGGGGGAAACAAAUCUCAAAAUAAAGCAAGGACCAAAUAA